UAUAUUGAAAGCGGCUUUUCAAAAGAAACAAGUUUCUACUCGAUGAAAGUCUUUCUUGUGAGAAAAGCCUCCAUUCGCAGAUUUUAGAAAUGAGUCUAGCUCUUCGAGCUGAGUUUGCUUUAGAUAAAAGCAAGAAAAAGAAGAAAAGAGAAUUAGCUGAUGAACAGAAACAGGAGAUAAAAGAGGCAUUUGAUUUGUUUGAUACUGAUAAAGACAGAGCUAUUGACUAUCAUGAACUCAAGGUAGCCAUGAGGGCCCUAGGCUUUGAUGUAAAGAAGGCAGAUGUUUUAAAAAUUCUCCGAGACUAUGAUAGAGAAGGAACUGGAAAAAUUUCAUUUGAAGACUUCAAUGAAGUCAUGACUGACAUGAUGUUAGAGAGAGACCCACAAGAGGAAAUCCUGAAAGCCUUUAAGCUGUUUGAUGACGACACAUCAGGGAAAAUUAGUCUACGGAAUUUACGUCGAGUAGCCAGAGAGCUAGGUGAAAACAUGACAGACGAAGAGUUACGGGCCAUGAUUGAUGAAUUUGACAGAGAUGGAGAUGGUGAAAUAAAUGAAGAUGAAUUUAUAGCCAUCAUGACUGGUGACACGUGAUUCCAAAUCUGCAAAAGAGUGCAACUUUCACCAUUAUAGACUUGAUUUUACACUUCCUGUCCAGCAUUUCUUCCUCCCUGUAUUAGAGAGUGCUAAUGAAUUAGACAGAACUGCUUAGAUUCUUAUUAUGAUGAUAUUAAAGAGUUGAAAAAAUAUCAAAGGUAGUUAGGUUAAGAUGAGGUGUGUCAAUUGACCAGUUACUUUUCUAUAGCUGUCGUGAUUUUUCUUAUUUCUUGUCCUUGUUUAUUACAUGGUGAAUGUAAGUUUAGUUAGAAACUUUGAUUUUGUGAGUGGGUCAUUGUUUGUUGUCUCCUGUUUGUUGUCCUUGUUUCAGGUUGUUUUAUUGUGUGAUAAUUUUUGUUAUACAUAUUUUGGAGUUUACAAAAACCUGUGACUGAGUGUAUUGUGGAUGUGAGAGAAUGUCAUUUAUGUCUCCUACACAAGAGUGCACACACAGAUUUGGCUGAGUAUAUCAUUCAUUUAGCCUUAUGUGCUGAAAAAUAUCUGUACAUGUAUAUUUGUUCCUUAUUUGUAAAAGAGAUACUUUUUUAUCUCUGUGAAUUAAUUUCAAAUAAUGAGAUCUGGAUAUAUUUUUAUACUGCCAUACAUUAAUUAUACAAUAAAGAAAACAAAA